AUGGGGUUCGGUCCCCCUCCCCAAACCCAGGACACCGGGGUGCAAUAUUCAGUCUUACUUAAACCUCAAGGGAAAUUGUCUAAUAAAACCUCCUGGGUUCAAGGAGCCACAGGAACAAAACAAUAUUCAUGGACUACCCAAAGAACAGUAGAUCUCGGUGUGGGACGAGUAUCCCACUCGUUCAUGGUAAUUCCAGAGUGCCCUUAUCCACUUCUCGGGAGAGAUAUACUGACCAAAAUAGGGGCACAAAUCCACUUUCAAAAAGGAGGGGCAAUUGUUAUGGACAGUAAGGGCCAGUCUAUUCAUGUGUUAACUGUGAACCUGGAAGAUGAAUAUAAGCUCCACCAGCAACCCCCUCCUCCCCCGUCUGAAGACAUAAAAUAGUGGCUCUUAGCUUUUCCCAAAGCAUGGGCUGAAACUGGAGGCGUAGGGUUAGCAAAACAUAGACCACCGGUUUAUGUAGAAACUAAACCUAGAACAGACCCAGUCAGAGUCCGACAGUACCCUAUGUCACGAGAAGCCCGAGAAGGUAUAACUCCUCACAUCUGGCGCCUGUUAAAACUAGGAAUACUCCCACCCUGUCAGUCUGCAUGGAACACUCCUCUACUCCCUGUUCAGAAACCUCAUUCCAAUGACUAUAGACCGGUGCAAGACCUCCGAGAGGUCAAUAAGUGGGUCAUAGACAUUCAUCCUACUGUUCCUAACCCAUACACCCUCCUUAGUUCUUUACCCCUGGAUCACCAGUAGUACUCAGUCUUAGACCUUAAAGAUGCUUUUUUCAGCCUACCACUAGCCCCAAAAAGCCAGGACCUGUUUGCCUUUGAAUGGACUGACCCGACAGAAGGCAUUAGUGGACAACUGACCUGGACGAGGUUACCCCGAGGGCUCAAAAUUUUGCCCACAAUCUUCGAUGAAGUGCUACACAAAGAUCUGGGUAUGUUCCGAUCCGACCACCCCUAUCUCAUGCUGUUACAAUAUGUAGAUGAUCUCCUAGUUGCUGCAGCAGACUACGAGACCUGCCUCCAAGGAACCAGAGACCUGCUCCAAACGCUAGGAGAUAUGGGGUACCGAGCCUCAGCCAAAAAGGCUCAACUUUCCCAGCCCAAGGUGAGCUAUUUGGGGUAUAUAUUAAAAGAAGGGCAAAGAUGGCUGACUAGGGCCCGCAAAGAGACUGUGCUAAAAAUCCCUAGACCCAGCACCCCAUGCGGAGUGCGGGAGUUCCUAGGAUCAGCCGGCUACUAUGCCAAAGUUACCUGGUAUACAGAUGAGAGCAGCUUUGUGCGUGAUGGACAAAGGUAUGCGGGGGCGGCAGUGGUGACAGAAACUACAAUAGUUUGGGCUGAGCCAUUACUGGCCGGAACAUCGGCCCAACGAGCUGAACUAAUAGCAUUAACCAAGGCCCUAACUUUAGGAAAAGACAAAAAAUUCAAUGUUUAUACGGACAGUCGUUAUGCUUUCACCACGGCACAUAUUCAUGGGGCAAUUUAUCGAGAAAGGGGGCUACUAACCACAGAAGGGAAGACAAUUAAGAAGAAAAGCGAGAUCCUAGAUCUACUAGCUGCCCUGUGGCUCCCAAAGAAACUUGCCAUCAUUCAUUGUCCGGGGCACCAGAAAAUAACCACCCCAAUUACCCGAGGUAACAAUCUAGUGGACCAAACCGCCCGAGAAAUUGCGCUGUCUACCAACCUGGUAUUGACUUCCAACCUACCUGAUCCUGGGAGUCCCACCUUACCUGCAAACCCCGACUACACGGAGGAAGAUGUGGAAUGGAUUAAACAAUCACCCAGAACUCAGUACAUAUGCAAUUGGUGGAAAUCAGCAGAUCACAAAGCCAUCCUCCCCGAAAAACUGGGAGAAGAAAUUUUAUUCAAAAUGCACCACACCACCCAUCUAGGAACCAAAAAGAUGCAGGAAUUAUUAAAACGGGCAGAUGUAAUAAUUAAAAAUGCUCAAUCUAAAAUUGAAACAAUUGUUUCUGACUGUAAAGCCUGUCAAUUAACCAACGUUACUAAAAACCCUUCAAGUCUAGGCUCCAGAUCAAGAGGCAACACACCAGGGACUUGCUGGGAAGUGGACUACACGGAGAUAAAACCAGGAAAAUACGGAUAUAAGUAUUUGUUAGUCUUUGUAGGUACCUUUUCAGGGUGGGUAGAGGCCUUCCCCACCAAGCGAGAGACAGCUCAUGUUGUGAGCAAGAAACUGUUAGAAGACAUCCUACCCAGGUAUGGUUUUCCUACUAUGAUAGGGUCAGAUAAUGGACCGGCAUUUGUGUCUAAAGUAAUACAAGGACUAGCAUCUAUUCUUGGGGCUAAUUGGAAAUUACAUUGUGCUUACAGACCCCAAAGUUCAGGCCAAGUAAAAAGAACAAACAGAACUCUAAAAGAGACCUUAACCAAAUUAACCAUAGAGACUGGCGGAGACUGGGUGACUCUCCUCCCCUUAGCCCUAUUUCGGGUCCAUAACUCUCCUUAUAAAUUAGGAUUGACACCUUUUGAAAUUGUUUUUGGUAGACCUCUGCCUAUUUUUCCCAAGUUCCAGUCUGAUUUGUUAUUUGAAAUUGAUAAUCAUGAACUCAUUUAUUCCCUUCAAGCCCUGCAACAAGUCCAACGGGACAUCUGGCAGAGCUUGAGAGCUCUUUACCAAUCUAUUCCCCUCCCGAACCUCACCAAUACCAACCCGGUGAUUGGGUGUACGUGCAGAGACAUCGACAAGAAACUCUACAACCUCGCUGGAGAGGACCUUACAUCGUGA